AUGAACGAUUUAACUACCUACCAAAGUUCAGAUAUUUUGACACCGGAAAAUCAAGAUGAAACAUUUCGCGUUGUGAUCUGUGAUCCACCGUUCUUUUAUAUACCUAUGGCACAAAUAUUCGAAGCUGUAGAGAUGAUUUGCAAGGGUGAUUUUAGCACCAAAAUAUUGAUAGGGUUUUUAAAACGAGAAGAGGCGACACUUUUAAAAACAUUUGCACCAUUUAGGUUGUCAAGGACUAACUUUCCCCUAGAAUACGCUGAUGUCAAGUCUAACAAGUGGACAAAUUAUGCAUUGUAUUCAAAUAUUGAUUUGCCUGGAAUUAAAAGAAUACGAAA